AUAAAAAUUGCCAACAAUUUUUUUUAUAAUAAAUAAAACAAUAAAAACAAAAUCUUUGGGAUGAGAAGGGUAUCCUACAGCACACGCAAAUGGUAAUGGAGAUAGAUUAUUAUCAUGAUAUUCAUCAUCACCAUUCACCACUACUACGACCACCACCACCAUCGACUAAGAAAGGGUCCAACAGCCACUACCAGCCGCCCACAACCAAAGUAAACGCUUUUUCAGAAUUCAUUAGUAAUAUUAAUAUAUCAUUUUUCCAUCAACGUCACUUCCAUUUCCAUCUAUGUCUAUUUUUGUUUCUCUUCUUCUUCUUCAGUCAAUGGAGUUUUCCUUCAUUACUAUCUCAAACAACAACAAACACAACAAUAACUCACUACCUUAGACCAAAACGAAAGAUGGGUUCUUCUUAUUCUUUUCUUCUGAUUCAAUUCAUUUCCGAUCAUCGUCAUGAUUAAACACCACAUAUUAUUACUCUGUUUCACCUCAUUACACAACUUCAUGCCAUGUUUUCUUCUUCUUCUUAUGGUAAAAAGAGCUUCUUUUUGGGGAUGGAGGGUGGUUUCAGUUUCAGUCUCGGUCGUAAACUCUUCUUCUUACUGGUUUUGCUUCUCUUUGUGAUGCCAACUUUGAUGGGUUCUUUUGGCUUAAGUUCUUGCAACAUAGACGACACGGAAUCUCUAUUAGCUUUUUCUUUGAAUUUAUCGUCACCUUCUGGUGUUCUAAACUGGUCAGAGUCCGUUGAUUGCUGUUCUUGGGUUGGAAUCGGUUGUGAGGUCGUGGCUGGUGAGGACCGCGUUACCCGUCUAUGGCUUCCUUCUUCAAACCUUAAAGGCAUCAUUUUUCCUACCCUUAAGAACCUCACCUACCUUACCCAACUCAAUCUCUCACGAAAUUCCCUUCUGGGUUCUCUUCCUUCUGAUUUCUUUUCCUCCCUAAACCGUCUUAAACUCCUCGACUUGAGUUAUAAUCGACUCCAUGGGCGACUACCUUCUUCUGGUUCAGGUGCCUUCGAAACGGUCGACUUAUCGAGCAAUCUCUUUGAAGGGUCAAUACCCAUUUCGGUGUUCAAGCCUUCGGUGAUUACGGCCACUCUUACAAGCUUUAAUGUCAGCAACAACAGCUUCUCUGGUUCAAUCCCUGUCUCUGAAUUUUGCACUAGUGGCAAUUUGGUUCCAUCUCUUGAGUUCUUAGACUUCUCCUCUAAUGAGUUUAAUGGUUUCUUCCCUCCUGGUAUUGGGGGUUGUUCCAAGCUUAGAAUAUUCCGGGCAGGGUUUAAUAAUCUGACGGGUUUGAUCCCAGACGAAAUCUACAAAGUUGUCACCUUGGAACAGAUCUCGUUGGCUGUGAACCAUUUUUCUGGACCAAUCGCCGGUGUAGUUCAACUGACAAACCUCAGGAUUCUCGAGCUUUAUUCUAAUCAGCUCAAUGGAACAAUUCCUGAGGAUAUUGGGAAUCUCGCCAGUUUGGAUAAGCUACUUCUCCACAUAAAUCACUUCACAGGCUUUAUUCCCUUAUCUUUAAUGAACUGUACUAAUUUGUCCACCUUAAACUUAAGGGUCAACUCUUUGAUUGGCAAUCUCUCUGACUUUGAUUUCUCUAAGUUGCAGAGGCUGACCAUUUUGGACCUUGGCAAUAACAAUUUCACAGGGGAGUUACCUCGUACCCUUUACUCAUGUAAGACAUUGACCGCUGUGAGACUUGCCGGAAAUCAACUCAGAGGGGAAAUUUCUCCUGAGAUACUUGAGCUGAAAUCACUCUCUUUCCUUUCCAUCUCUAAUAACAGCCUAACAAAUAUCACUGUGGCACUUAAGAUUCUAAAGGAUAUCAAGACUCUCACUACUUUGGUUCUCUCAAAGAAUUUUAUGUCUGAACUUAUGCCUCAAGAUGAUGACCUUUUAGAACCUGAUGGGUUUCAAAAUCUACAAGUUCUUGCUUUUGGUGGUUGUUUACUCUCUGGUCAAGUACCCAAUUGGCUUUCAAGGCUUAAGAAGCUUCAAGUUUUGGACUUGUCUGUUAACGUUCUAGCUGGUCCUAUACCCGGAUGGUUUGGUAAGCUUCCCAACCUGUUUUACUUAGACUUGUCAACUAAUCUCAUUACUGGAGAAUUCCCCAAGGAGCUUUGUGGGUUGCAAGCUUUGUCAGGAGAGUCUGAACCGAUUAACAGGAGUUUUCUAGAGCUGCCUGUGUUUGUUAUGCCCAAUAAUGUAACUAAUCAGCAGUAUAAUCAACUCUCCAGUCUUCCUCCAGCCCUAUAUUUGUGUCACAACUAUCUCAGUGGCUCUAUACCUACUGAGAUUGGCCAACUGAAGUUUCUUCAUGUUUUGGAACUCAACAACAACAGUUUCACUGGGACCAUACCAGAUCAAAUGUCUAGCCUCACUAAUUUAGAGAGAUUGGAUCUCUCCAAGAACCAUCUGAGUGGUGAAAUUCCAUCUUCACUUAAAGUUCUGCAUUUCUUGUCAUAUUUCAGUGUUGCAUCAAAUGAUCUUCAAGGUCCAGUCCCAUCUGGAGGUCAGUUUGACACUUUUCCGAGCUCUAGCUUUGAUGGAAAUCCGGGGUUGUGUGGUCUUCCAUCUGUGCAACGCUCUUGCUCUUCACAAUCACCUUCAACUCUUCAUCAUAGUCGAAAGACAAAUAAGAAGCUUCUUGUUGGAGCCAUUAUUGGGAGUUGUUUUGGUGCUUCUGUUAUUAUAGGUGUGCUACUCUCUCUGUGGAUUUUAUCGACAAGAAGAAUACUUCCUCGAGGUGACAGUGACAAGAUAGAUUUCGAUACGAUUUCUAACAAUUCCAACCUUGCGGUUACUCCUGAAGUUGACAAGGAUGCAAGCAUAGUCAUAUUGUUUCCAAACAAUACUAAAGACAUCAAGGAUCUUAGCUUAGCUGAAAUCUUCAAGGCCACUGACAACUUCAAUCAAGCCAACAUAAUAGGUUGUGGGGGUUUCGGUUUGGUCUAUAAGGCUACACUAGCAGAUGGGACCACACUGGCUAUUAAGAAGCUCUCAGGAGAUUUGGGUUUGAUGGAAAGGGAAUUCAAAGCAGAGGUUGAAGCCCUUUCAACAGCUCAACAUGAGAACCUGGUUUCUCUUCAAGGUUACUGUGUACAUGAUGGCUGCAGGCUACUGAUAUAUUCCUAUAUGGAAAAUGGAAGUCUGGACUUUUGGUUGCAUGAAAAGCCUGAUGGCCCAUCUCAGUUAGAUUGGCCAACUAGGCUAAAGAUUUUACAGGGUGCAAGCUUUGGAUUGGCUUAUAUGCAUCAAAUAUGCGAACCACAUAUUGUUCAUCGAGAUAUCAAGUCGAGCAACAUCCUGCUUGAUGGGAAGUUUGAAGCCCAUGUAGCAGAUUUUGGAUUGUCUCGGCUGAUCCUUCCUUACCAGACACAUGUUUCAACAGAGCUUGUAGGCACCUUGGGUUACAUUCCUCCUGAGUACGGUCAAGCAUGGGUGGCCACUUUGAGAGGAGACAUGUACAGUUUUGGGGUUGUUAUGCUUGAGCUGCUAACUGGGAAGAGGCCUGUUGAGGUGUUCAAGCCAAGGAUGUCAAGAGAACUGGUUGGCUGGGUUCAGCAGAUGAGAAAAGAGGGAAAGCAAGACCAAGUCUUUGACCCUUUACUAAGAGAGAAAGGUUUUGAUGAUGAGAUGCUGCAGGUACUUGAUGUAGCCUGUAUGUGUGUCAACCACAACCCUUUCAAGAGACCAACCAUUAAGGAUGUUGUUGACUGGCUAAAAAAUAUAGGAACAGACCGUCAUCAGCAGCAAAAUAUGGCUCAGUGAAGGGAAAUUGCUUCAACCCCAUCCUAAGUUCAUAUGUGUAUACUUGCACAGAAUUAUCUUGUUUUUUUUUGUUUUUUUUUAACUAGUGCAGAUUGAUCAAUAUACCUGUAUGUUUUUGUUGAUUUAUUAUACUAUUUUGAAGCACUCUGAUGAAACUAUGAUCGAGUGAUUUGGUUUAUAA